GUUCCUUGCAGAUUGUCUGCCGCCGAUCGAAGUUAUCGUCGCAACGUCGUACCGUGCACUACCCGAAGUCAAUCGUGGAGAGCAGGAUCGCAAUCGAAUUUUUUAUUUUAAAUAUUUCGAUCUCGCUAGCUUACACGUCUAAAGUUAUGCACCAGUGGUGAACAAUAUGGAAACUAAUGGCUUACACAUAGAGGAACCGACAUUGAUCGCAGACGAUGUAUUAGACGAGAGCAAUGCGAUGACCACGGUCCAAACUAAUGGCACUGCGACAACAUUCGAUCCAUUGAAACCCGAAAGAGUCCGAUGGUUCUAUAAGAGUGAUCCCAAGAAAUGGACCAAGUUUGAUGGGUUUGAUUCUUUGAACAUAGAGUAUAGGUAUCGGGCGAAUUUCGGCAAUGAAGAAGAAGCAUCUUCUUUGAACGGGUCGUUUAAUUAUUAUUUUCAAAACUUUACCGUUGUCGUUAGGGGAGGUCUCUACGAAGUAGACCUAUUAAAAAAAAAGUGUACUUCUAUAUUUUGGCCUGGUGAAGAUAGUGACAUCUUCCGUGGUGUAUGGUUUUAUGAUGGAUAUGAACCCUAUGAAUAUGGUGAAGAAGUUGAAAGAGAACACCUAAAUCUCUUUAGAGAUGAUACCAGAAAAAUUGAAAGUACUGAAGACAAUGGAAAGUCAGUUAUAAGAGAUGUAACUUAUGGAGACAUGCAUGUAGUAUGGUAUUCACCUACUGAGGUGUAUUCUUUUAAACCAAAAUCUUUUAUCAACACAAAGAUUAUGAGAAGUGUUACAAAAAAAUUAGGAACUUAUUUUCAAAAAUCCGCAGGAUAUAAACUUAUUAGAUCUUAUAAAACAGAAGCUGAUGAAAAAGAUAAAUUGAACGAUAUUACGCAUUUAGUAUUUUUGGUUCAUGGCAUUGGACAUAAAAUCGAUAACAAAAAAAUAAUAAGAAACACUUCUCAAUUUCGUGAUUGUGUGAAAUGGAUUAAACAAAAAUAUUUUCAAGGUACAGAACAGAGAGCAGAGUUUUUUCCCGUAGAUUGGAGAUCACGAUGUAGUUUUGAUGGGGGGUUGGUUGAACAGAUUACUCCAUUAAAUUUGAAAAACAUACGGCAGAUAUUAAAUUCGUCAGCUAUGGACAUAAUGUACUAUACUUCUCCUAUAUAUGGUCGAGAAAUACAGAAUAGUUUAGCAAAUGAACUAAAUAGAUUACAUUCAGAAUUUGUGCAACAUCACCCUCAUCAUCACUUUAAAGUAUCCAUAAUGGCACAUUCCCUGGGUAGUGUCAUUUCAUAUGAUAUUAUAACUGGAUGGGAACCGUUUGUAAGUAAUAUUUAAUGAUUUUCUGUUCUUAA